UUUCCCUGGAGACGCUCUCCGCGUCCCCUCGCUCCGCGCCGGCGGCUCUAGGCCUCUGAAGCACCCCAGGAGGAGGGGGCGGCGCCGGCGCCCGGCACCUGUCGCGGGUGGGGGACUCGCUGCGGCGGAAGGGCUGUCUCCAGGCCGGUCCACCGAGGCUGAAGUCUGUAAGCCUGGAGAGACCGUCAGCAGGAACCUGCAAAAUCCAAGAUGGCCACCCUGCCCCCACUGCCCAUGACACGCCCAAAGCUUGCAGCCUUAGCCAGACAGAAGCUGCCAUGCUCCCCUGUAACAAUCCCAAGGUCUCAAUUGAUCAAAGAAAAAGAUGACAUAGAUCAUUAUGUGGAGGUGAAUUUCAAAGGAUUGUCAAAAGAAGAGGUUGCUGCUUACAGGAACUCGUACAAGAAGAACAUCUGCGUGGACAUGCUGCGGGACGGUUAUCACAAGUCCUUCACCGAGCUCUUCACUCUGAUGGAGCAGUGGGAUGCCCUGAGGGAGGUUGCGAGAAUCAGGUCCCUGCAGUGGUUGCAGAAGCCCCUGGAGGAGCAACCUGACAAACUGGACCACUUCUACCACUACCUGACCCGGGCCGAGGACGCUGAGAGGAAAGGAUACUUUGAAGAUGUAUAUCAAAACUUGUAUGCUCUGGCCUGUUACUUCAAUAAUUCUGAAGACAAGUGGGUAAGGAACCACUUCUACGAACGAUGUUUUGGCAUCGCUCAACUGAUCAAAAUUGACGGUGGGAAGAGAGAAGCAGAGGCGCAUGGGAACAUGGGCCUCCUCCACGAGGAAGAUGGUCAGCUUCUGGAAGCUGCCGAGCAUUAUGAAGCAUUCCAUCAAUUGACACAAGGGCGGAUAUGGAAGGAUGAGACAGGCCGCUUUCUCAACUUGUUGGCCUGCGAGUGUCUCCUGAGGACUUACAGAUUACUCUCGGACAAAAUGCUGGAAAAUAAAGACUACAAACAGGCCAUCAAAAUUCUAAUAAAAGCUUGUGAAAUAGCCAAAGAAGGAAGUGACCAACACAUGCAAGGAGAAGCUUCUUACUACUUGGGCUUAGCAUACUUGGCUGCUGGAGAAUAUAACACAGCACUAACAGCCCUUAACACUUACAGUAAAAUCUCUACAGACCAGGAUGAUGAUCUCAAUCUGGGGAGAGCCUAUGAAGCAAUAGCCAAGGUCCUGCAGAGCCAAGGAGAGAUGACAGAAGCAAUUAACUACUUGGAAAAAGUUGUGAAACUUGCAAGAAACAAUUUCCAAAGCCUAGAUAUUGUGAGAGCAAGUACAAUGCUUGGAGACAUCUACAAUGAAAAAGGACACUACAACAUAGCUUCUGAAUACUUUCAGCAAGCUUUUGACGAAACAGUUGGGGAAAUGAACAUGCCUCUGAUGGAGGAAACAAAAGUCCAUUAUGGAAUAGCAAAAGCCCAUCAGAUGAUGCUGACAGUGACCAAUUAUAUAGAAUCUGCAGAUCUCACCAGCCUUGGCUACCUGCUGUCAUGGAAGGAGACCAGAAGCGACAUUGAACCUCAGCCAGUUACGGGAGAGUUUACAAGCUCAACAGUAGAAGAUGUAUCUCAAAAUUCGGAACAUGUGGAAGAACUCGGCGGAUUUCCAGAUAACCAAAAAAAAUGAAACUUAAAGCAGCUUUGACUCAACACUGAAGCAAGAAGAAAUAUAUCAUGUCACCUUAGACUUCAAUAUUUAUAAUAAAUAGGAGCAUGUUACAAAUAAUAUAAGUAGAGUUAUAAUAAAACUAUGAUUAUGUUUUAUCAUACUUUAUAUUGCAGUAUACUACUACAAAUUUAAUCCAAAUCAUCUAAAUCUGUGAAAAUUAAAUAUACCAUAAGUGCCUAGAAAUAUCAGCAGUUAUCUACAAAAUAAACUAAAAUUUUUACUCUUUUAUCCACUACUCCACAGGAAACAGUGAUAUCAUAGAAUCAAAAUGUAAUUUGUUUCUAAUGAGGAAAUAAUUACAAGCUUAAGGAAAUCUCUCACGCUGAAUCAAUUCAGGAUAAUAUAUACUAAAAUUUAAGGGACACUUCAAUAUAGGUAGAAAGACUAUGAGCAAUAAAGACUAUCACAGUGAUAAGUACUGCUCAAAACAGUUUGCUUUACCUGUAUAAAAGUAUAUUUUAUGAUAAUUUUAGCUGAUCAUACAUAAUCAAACUUAUGUACCCAUGUCAGUUUAAGAAGUUUAAGAAAAUCCUUCAGUCUUACAAGCCUUUUUAAUGUCUUGCAAAUUAAAAAAAUACAGUUGCUACAGCAGAUGUGGUUACAUGUAUGUAUAAUUUCUGGUAAUCUGCAGGUCUAGGGGAAUCCAUGAAUGAAGUACAUUACCAACAAUAAAGACUUUUAUUCCCAUUUAA